CUGAAUCUUCGUUAUCUUCGGGAACGACGAAAUUUUCAUUCGAGAGAGAGCGAGGAAAAAAUCAGCGGCAAGAAGCACUGCAUCCGCACACAAAAUUGAUUAACACCGGAUCGGCGCUCGGAAAGGGACAUAUUUCUCAUAAGGGAUGUUCACGUCGACGGUAACGCAGUUUAAGGAAUCAGAGGUGGAGCGUAAGAAAUCAAUUCGAGAUGGUGGCGUGGCUGCGGAGGUUGCAGCAGAACCGAUUCCGCUUCCACCUCAAUCUGCGGAACAACCAUUGAUAUGGAUAAACAUCAUUGUCCUAGCUAUUUUGCAUUUCGUUGCUUUUUAUGGAUUCGCUACGAAUUAUCAUCGUGCGAAACUCUGGACGUGGGUUUUCAGCCCCUUCUAUGGAAUUACUUCCGGUAUCGGAGUUACGGCUGGAGCUCACAGACUAUGGGCUCAUAGGAGUUACAGCGCUAAAACACCUUUGAAGAUAUUUUUAGCGCUGCUUUACUGCGCCGCUGGGCAGACGAGUCCAUUCGCCUGGAUUCGCGACCAUCGAACGCAUCAUCGUUACACGGAGACCCCAGCCGAUCCUCACGACGCCAAUAGAGGAUUCUUUUUUUCUCACGUCGGAUGGCUCAUGAUGCGCAGACAUCCGGCUGUGAAAAAAUACGGGAGUAAAGUAGACAUGAGCGAUAUCUACGGAGAUCCGGUGUUGCAAGUGAUCAACAAGUAUUACACACCCUUGAUGUUGUUCCUGUGUUUCGCACUCCCGAUUUUCAUCCCGAUUUAUUUCUGGAACGAGUCUCCUGUCAUCAGCAUUUUAGCUGUAACGAUUCGUUACGUAUGGUUACUGAACGCUACCUUCCUCGUCAACAGCUUCGCUCAUAUGUGGGGAAAUCGUCCGUACGACAGCCGCGUAAAGCCAACGGAGAAUGCGACCGUGUCGUUCUUCGCAUUGGGAGAGGGUUGGCACAACUAUCACCACUCUUUUCCAUGGGACUAUAAGGCGGCCGAACUUGGAAGUUACGGAUUAAACCCAAGCACUGCAUUUAUCGAUUGUAUGGCCUGGUUGGGACUCGCUUACAACUUAAAAUCACCCAGUAGAGAUAUCGUCGAACAGAUUAGCCUCAACAAAGGCGACGGAACAAAUAGUUUAUGGGGCAACGAUCAUCACAGUCAUCACCAUCAUCAUCACGAUAAUCAUCACGAUCACCACAAACAUGACGAUUCUCAAUAUCGCAAAAGUAUCGAUUUAAAUCAUCGCGAGGAACACCAGCGCAUAAGAUCGCGAUAGAAUUUCGUUACAAUUUUUAUUUAUUAUUUUAUUUCAUCUUUUUUCUUUUCUUACCCCCAAUUUUUCUUCUCUCCCAAGAAGCGUGAGUAUAAAAAUUUACUUUUGUUUCAAAUGGUAAUGAAAGCUUUGAAUUUUAUUCAUCUUUCAUGAUGUCUUCUUUUUUUUAAUAUCGUUGCAUGUAUUUGGUUUUCAAAUAACAAAUCAAUCUGCAGUAUAAUAUUUAUUAUACUAUAAAGUAUACUUUGAAGAAUUUAUAAAGACAAAAAAAAAAAACUUUCAAACUGUGAAAUGCCCACUUAAUUAUUAGCAGUAUGUAGAAAUUAUAGAGAGGAAGAGUACACGAUGAUCAUAAAUGAGUAUUGUACCGGAUAAUUUUUGUAAAAAAAAACCAAAAAAGUAGAAAACAAAUUAAUAAAAACAAAAUAGAAAGAUA